AGUUUGAUUUACAUUUUGAUUUGCAUGUUCUACGAAUCGCACCGAUUGUUACUUACACCGAAAACAACAACGAAUACAAGUGAUUGCAUUGGAUUGGUUAUAUUCUGCUUUCCAUUUUCAGCUGCAAGAACUUGCAACACAUUUGUCAUCUGCAAUCAGAGCUGAUCUGAGGAUUCCAAUUCGAUUUGUGUUAAAGCAGACCACAACAACAAAAACAACUGCCAACGGUAUUAGCAACACCCGCAAUAUUGCAACAAUAAUCUGCCAACCAUGGAAUCACACAUGGCUGUGGAACUAGAUAACCGCCUGCUGUGGUUACGUUACAUCAUCAGCAAUAUGGUAGGUGUCUACGAUCCCGAAAGUGUGAAUGCAUUGAUGGAUAAUCACGUAGAAGAGUUCACACACUUUCUGAACGACAAAUGCCUGAGAAACUCCGACAUAAAAUUGGUGUUGCUGACGGUGUGGCGCACCUACUACGACAAGAUGGUCGAGAAGGAGAUUACCGUGCUGGAAGAGGUAAUUGAGCCGCCACCGCCAAGAGUGUCAAAACCAGAAAAGGGAGGCAAAAAGAAAAGCAAACCGGCACCCAAGG